GUCACGGUCUACUUCCUGCCGGCAGGGGGCGGCAGCACACUCCCGAGGUUUUACCACAGUUGACCCGCGCAACUCGUGUGAGAGGAGAAACUGCGAAAAGGGGCCACAGUAAAUCGAAACACUAUGAGUGUUGACGUAAAGAAACUGAAAGUAAACGAGCUGAAAGAGGAGCUUCAGCGCCGCGGCCUGGACACUAAAGGCCUGAAGGCGGACCUGGUGGAGAGGCUGAGAGCCGCUCUGGAGGCUGAGGCUGAGGCUGACUCCUUAGAGGAAGGGGCUGGACCACCGGAGGAUCCGGAGGCUGACUACUCCCAGGACUAUGAGGGGGAAGAGGAUGGAGACGACAUCCAAAAGGGCGAAGAAGAAGCUGAAGAUGUUGGCGAAGGAGAUGAAUACGAGGGGCAGGAGCAGUACGAGGAUCAAGAUUCAGGUGGAAAUUAUGAGGCAGAGGAGGCAGAAGAGGCAGAGGAGGCAGAGGAGGCAGAAGGUGAGCCUUAUGAAAGUCAGCUGGCUUCAGAUGCAGGCCAAGGCAUGCCAGACUUCACAGCAGAUGUCAGCAUGCCAGAGUUUGAAGCCAAGCCUGAGCAGGAGCCACAGGAGCAGCCCUCCGAGAACAAACAAGAAAUCAAAGUAGAGAUCAAAAAGGAAGACGAGAGUGCAGAGGAGCAGCAAGAGCCAGCCAAUGAGUGGGAGGCACAAGAGGCCCAGCAGGCUGAGCAAAUCAAAGUGGAAGCAGACAGAUCAGGACAUCACAGCCGCAAGAGACCCUACGAUGAGAACAGGGGCUACGGCUACUACGAGCACCGCGAGGACAAGAGGUCCCGCACACCACAGCCUCCUGCCGAAGAUGAGGAAGAGAACAUUGAUAACACCCUUGUUACAAUUGAUACAUACAAUUGUGAUCUGCACUUCAAAGUGUCCCGAGAUCGCUACAGCGGUUACCCGCUCACGAUCGAGGGCUUCGCUUACCUGUGGGCUGGAGCACGAGCCACACACGGUGUCACCAGAGGCCGCGUCUGCUAUGAGAUGAAGGUCAAUGAGGACAUCCCCGUGAAGCACCUGCCUGCCAGUGAACCAGACCCCCACGUCGUCAGAAUCGGAUGGUCCCUGAACACCUGCAGCACUCAGCUUGGCGAGGAACCUUUUUCCUACGGAUAUGGAGGAACAGGAAAGAAAUCCUGUGACUGCAAGUUUGCAGAUUAUGGAGAGAAGUUUGGUGAAAAUGAUGUCAUUGGCUGUUACAUUGACUUUGAGAGUGGUGAUGAGGUGAAGAUGGCCUUCUCUAAGAAUGGAGUGUGGCUGGAUGUGGCUUUCCGGGUCACCAAGGAGGCACUGGCAGGCCGCGCCCUGUUCCCUCACGUUCUGGUGAAGAAUUGUGCUGUUGAGUUCAACUUUGGCCAGAAGCAGCAACCUUACUACCCCAAACCAGAGGGCUACACCUUCAUCCACAACAUGAGCAUGGAGGACAAAACCAGGGGCACCGUGGGACCCGCCAGUAAAUCUGAAUGUGAGAUCUUGAUGAUGGUUGGCCUGCCAGCCUGUGGGAAGACCACAUGGGCCAUGAAGCACGCUCAGAGCAACCCUGAUAAGAAAUACAACAUCUUGGGAACCAACGCCAUCAUGGACAAGAUGAAGGUGAUGGGUCUUCGUCGCCAGAAGAACUACGCCGGGCGCUGGGACAUCCUGAUUCAGCAGGCCACCCAGUGUCUGAACCGGCUGAUUGAGAUCGCUGCCCGCAAGAGACGCAACUACAUCCUGGAUCAGACAAAUGUAUAUGGAUCAGCCCAGAGACGAAAAAUGCGUCCUUUUGAAGGUUUUCAACGCAAGGCUAUUGUAAUUUGUCCCACGGACGAGGAUUUAAAAGAACGAACAUUAAAGCAAACUGGUGAGGAGGGGAAGGAUGUGCCCGAUCAUGCUGUUUUAGAAAUGAAAGCCAACUUUACUCUCCCUGAUCGUGGCGACUUCCUGGAUGACGUGACGUUUGUCGAGCUGCAGCGCGAGGAGGCUGACAAGCUGGUGAAGCAGUACAAUGAGGAGGGCCGCAGGGCCGGCCCGCCCCCUGACAAACGUUUUGACAACAGGCAGGGCGGGUUCCGUGGCCGCGGUAGUGGCAGCUUCCAGCGUUAUGACAACCGUGACAACCGCGGUGGCUACCAGAACCGCAGUGGGAAUGGAGGCAAUGGAUACAGAGGAGGCUACAAUCGGGGCAGCUACAACCAGAACCGUUGGGGCAACAACUACCGUGAUGGAGGCUCCAACGGACGAGGCGGAUACAACCGCAACCAGCAGUCAGGAAGCUACAAUCGACCAGUCUCUUACAACAAGGGAGGAUACAACCAGGGCUACAACCAGAGCUACAAUCAAGGGUACAACCAGGGCAACUACAACCAGAGUUACUAUGGCAACUACAGUCAGUACCCAGGAUACAGCCAGAGCUACAGUCAGACACCUGCCACUGGACAGACGUACAGCCAGCAGCAGCAACCACAGCAGCAGCAGCAGCAGCAGCAGCAGCAGCAGCCGCAGCAGCAGCAACAGAGCUACAACCAACAAUACCAGCAGUAUGCUCAGCAGUGGCAGCAGUACUACCAGAACCAGAGCCAGUGGAACCAGUAUUACAGCCAGUACGGCGGCUACUCUGGACAGGGCAGCCAAGGCUCGUCAUCCGGAUCCCAGUAACUCAGCUCUGCUUCUGCGCCUCCACUCACCUGUAUCCUGAUAUCCUGAACAUCCAACUUGCCCUCUACAGUUAAUUGAUUUGUUUAGUCCCAGAUACACUUGCUGCCCUUAACUGUCUUUGUCCUGUUAAAUACAGUAGCAUUCAUUCCCUUCCAAUCAGUGUACACAUAAGAUGUAUACAGUUUGAUAUCUAUUUUUUUUUUGUUUGUUUUGUUUUGUUUUGUUUUUUUACCGAAUGAAGUCUUACUCUAACGAAGCAAUGAUCGUGUGGUGGUAGAGUAUUGUUGGAUGUUCAAAACAUGUUAUGAAAGUUAUCCAGCAUUAUGCAUUGAAUGUGGACGUCUGAAUUGCAAACUCCACAUUUUAUACAUAUUAAAGAAUAAAUUGUAUAUUCCUGGGACACAUAUAAGGUAGAGGAGAAAAAGUGACGGGGAAGAAAAGAUACAGCUGUCUUUGCUUGUUUUGAGCUUAGCCAAGAACAAAAUGCAUGCUUUUCCCUUUCAUAGCCCCUUUUCCCUCCUGCUCUUUAUUUUUCUGCUUUUUACUUUUAGUUACCGAGUGACCACCUUGGGUUUAUUUUUUUAAUUUACGCCCAAUAGAAUUCAACAUUAUGUAACUUUUUUUUUUUUUUUUAUAGUUGUUGAUACUGAAGUAUUUAAUCGUCCAUACAGUCUUUGAUUAAGUAAAAUAUUUUGCCACUCCCAUUGUAGUUGUGUGUGCACUCUUUUUUUUUUUAACUUUUUGUGAUUGCUGUUCAUCGAGUCUAGUAGUUCUAUUUUGUUCUGUCAGAUCUUUUUUUUUCUACCAGAUAAUGUAAAUCUGAUUAUGACCAGUUACCCAAGCUCUGUGUCUUUAUACAAUAAAAGCAAUUGUAUACGCCUGUU